GUAGUGUGAACUUGCUCAUGACACACAUCGAUGACUACACUUUACAGGGUGCUUAUAUGCUAGAGCGUGAAACUCAAUGCGAAGUUCUUAAGACGAAAAUCAUCGAAUACGAAACACAGAACUUCAUGGAGAUCAGCCGAAGCGAUGAGUUUUUGAAUUUUGAUGUAGAAAAAUUGCAACGUAUUCUGGUAUCUGACAAUUUGAAUAUAACCCGUGAGGAAGAUGCCUACGAUGCCAUACAACGCUGGUACAAUUACGAUGUUCCUACGCGCCAAGAGCAACUGCCACUUUUAAUAGCUUGUCUCCGUCUUACCCAAUUCAAUAUGGACUUUCUGAUGACACACAUACAGCCGUUACCUGGAUGUGAGCUACUCGCCCUCAGAGCGUUAUUGUGGAUCAGAGAGCCUACAGUACGGCCAAUGAUAAAUAUGCGAUUGACAGAACCACGUGGGUCAGUACUACAAUUUGUGGUGACAAAACAAUUCUAGCCGUUUG